CCUAGCCAGCAAAAAAAAAAGCUUUUUAAAUUACCACCUUAAAACCCGUAAUCUUCAGCAAAUCCGUGAAAAUGGCUUCUGUCCGCACCAUGAACGACUAUCACAAGAGAAUCGAGGCGGCCGACGACAAGCUGAUUGUCCUCGACUUCUACGCCCAGUGGUGCGGACCCUGCAAGGAUAUGGAGAGCACGGUGAAAUCGCUGGCCAGGAAGUACUCAUCCAAGGCCGUCGUCCUCAAGAUCGAUGUGGACAAGUUCGAGGAGCUGACGGAGCGCUACAAGGUGCGCAGCAUGCCGACCUUCGUCUUCCUCAAGAACAAUCGUCGCGUGGCCGCAUUUUCCGGCGCGGAUGAGCACAAGCUGACCAACAUGAUGGCCAAGCUGGUAAAGGCCUAGAAAAA